AUGUCAAAGUUGUUUCUAUUUCUUUUUGCUGUUGUUGUCUGUUUACAAUUGACAUUUGGAGAAGAUAAAAGUCAAAAAUUACAAAUUGGUAUCAAGAAAAAAGUUGAAAAUUGUGAUGUUAAAUCGAAAAAGGGCGAUCGACUUCAUAUGCAUUACACAGGAACAUUGAAAAAAGAUGGCAAAAAAUUUGACAGUAGUCGUGAUCGAGGUGAUCCAUUUGUUUUUACAUUAGGAACUGGACAAGUAAUCAAAGGAUGGGAUCAAGGCUUGUUGAAUAUGUGUGUUGGUGAACAACGUAAGCUGGUAAUUCCACCCGAACUGGGUUAUGGUGACCGUGGUGCAGGUGAAUCUAUACCCGGCGGUUCAACUCUUGUAUUUGAUGUUGAACUACUCAAAAUUGAGUCUGCAAGUGGAGAUCUUUAA